AUGGGAGUUUCAGAUGGUGGUGGUGUUGGUUUUUCAGGUGGUGGAGUUGGUGGUUAUUCAUAUGGUGGUGUUGUUGGUUGUUCAGGUGGUGGUGUUGGUGGUUGUUCAGAUGGUGGUGGAAUGUUGGCUUCUGGUUCAGGUUGUUGUUGUGAGAUGAAAACACUACAGAUCAAUGCCUCAUCAAAUGCUACUAAAGGGGUGUCAUCAACUGCUACUGAAGGGGUGUCAACAACUCUUAAUGAUGAUCCAAUCAAUGACUCAAAUUUAGAUGCAAUGAUGGAAGAUAUGAUGGCGGAUUUUAAAGAUCAACCUUCUCAAGAUUCACAAUCUCAAGUGUGUAAUCCUACACCUGUUACUGAACAAGUUAAUCCCAAACAAAGCUCUCCAAGUAAGGUGAUGACACAAGCAAAAGCAGAGAAGACUAAACAAACUGAGAAGAAAAAAUAA